UGAAGGUGCGUGCGGCGCUCGGUGAUUGGCGGCUGCCCGGCGAGGCCUGGCUGCCAUUGGCUGCACAGACCUCUUUGUUCCUGGUCUCCGCCGCAGGCCAGCUACAGCGGACUGGGCGGCGGAAGUUUGACGGCGAGGGGCGAGUGGCUGCGGCUGCGGGGCGGGAGUCCUGGCAGAUCCCCCGAGUACCCGCAGCAGUGCCGGAGCUCAGGCGCGCGGUCGUGAGAUCCCGGAGGAGAGGAGGAGCCCCUCUGACACAUAAACAUGGACCUGGAAGCCAAAGUGAAGAAGAUGGGCUUAGGUCACGAGCAAGGAUUUGGAGCGCCCUGUUUAAAAUGCAAAGAAAAAUGUGAGGGGUUUGAACUGCACUUCUGGAGAAAAAUCUGUCGUAACUGCAAGUGUGGCCAAGAAGAGCAUGAUGUCCUCUUGAGCAACGAAGAGGACCGAAAAGUGGGGAAACUUUUUGAGGACACCAAGUAUACCACCCUGAUUGCAAAGCUAAAAUCAGACGGAAUUCCCAUGUAUAAACGCAAUGUUAUGAUACUGACGAAUCCAGUUGCUGCCAAGAAGAAUAUCUCCAUCAAUACAGUUACCUAUGAAUGGGCUCCUCCUGUCCAGAAUCAGGCAUUGGCCAGGCAGUACAUGCAGAUGCUGCCCAAGGAGAAGCAGCCAGUAGCAGGCUCAGAGGGGGCACAGUACCGGAAGAAGCAGUUGGCCAAGCAACUCCCUGCACAUGACCAGGACCCUUCAAAGUGCCAUGAGUUGUCUCCCAAAGAGGUGAAGGAGAUGGAGCAGUUUGUGAAGAAAUAUAAGAGCGAGGCUCUAGGAGUAGGAGAUGUGAAACUUCCCCGUGAGAUGAAUGCUCAAGGCCCCAACAGAAUGUGCAUUCCUGGUGGGGACAGAAGCACCACAUCAGCAGUGGGGGCCAUGGAAGACAAAUCAGCCGAACAUAAAACAACUCAGUAUUCCUGCUAUUGCUGCAAACUAAGUAUGAAAGAAGGAGACCCAGCUAUCUAUGCUGAAAGGGCUGGCUAUGAUAAACUGUGGCACCCAGCUUGUUUUGUCUGCAGUACCUGCCACGAACUCCUGGUCGACAUGAUUUAUUUCUGGAAAAAUGACAAGCUAUACUGUGGCAGACAUUACUGUGACAGUGAGAAACCCCGGUGUGCUGGCUGUGAUGAGCUGAUAUUCAGCAAUGAGUAUACCCAAGCAGAAAACCAAAACUGGCAUCUGAAACACUUCUGCUGCUUUGACUGUGACAACAUCCUAGCUGGGGAAAUAUAUGUGAUGGUCAAUGACAAGCCCGUGUGCAAGCCCUGCUAUGUGAAGAACCAUGCUGUGGUAUGUCAAGGAUGCCACAAUGCCAUUGAUCCAGAAGUACAGCGGGUGACCUAUAACAACUUCAGUUGGCACGCGUCCACAGAAUGCUUUCUGUGCUCUUGCUGCAGCAAGUGUCUCAUUGGGCAGAAGUUCAUGCCAGUAGAAGGGAUGGUGUUCUGUUCAGUGGAGUGUAAGAAGAUGAUGUCUUAAGAGGAGAGCACCAAACAGUAUUGAGCCAUAGCUCUCCAGAGGGGUCUGCAUUUCUACUGUAAAAUGCAAUUUGGAAAAAUAAACAGAAAAAAAGAAACUCUAAAGGAAACCAG